GGAACGGAGAACGGCGGAGGGCUGCGGGGAGAGGUGCAAAGAGAAAAGAAAGCGAAGGCUUGAAGCGGCGAGAAACAUGUGGAAAACGAAAACAGCUGAGGGGAACACGAUGUCCUUAUAUAAUAGUUUUCAAUCUGAAUUCGAUUCAAUCGCCGCUCGUCUUCAUUCCUCUCCUUCUCGCCGUCUUCCCUCCGCCGCUCCCCCUCUCGGAGCCUCGUGAUGUUACUUUUUUGCCGCUGAAGACGGGACUGGAGCACAGCAUCAAUGACCAAAAUCCUAAAAGCAGGCAUGGGAAUGGAUGUCUCUCUGUAUCCUUUGACCCCAUCAAAUCAAAGCCAGGCUGAAGGAAAGGAAGAUGAAGGCUCAGCCAAAGAGCACUUUUAGGAGUGGAUGAUGAUUGUAGUUAACUUAUGAUAUCAUGCAUGUUUCUUUUCUUUCCCCAUUUGAUUAAUGAAUCAUGUAGAUGAAACUUCUUGUUCUUUACUGGAGAUGAACAAGUUUAUGCUUUCAAUACCUGUUAUUGAGAUGCCAGUUUAGGGGGCUAUGACAAUUUAUAGAUUGAAUGGACAAAUAUGAGGUGAUCAGUUACUUGCUCAUGAUCUGUUCCUGGUUUUCAUCCAUUGAAAGUUAAAUAUAUCAUGUUCAUGUAC